CAACUCUAGUUAUCAUGAGGAAGAAGAGGAGGAUAUCAACUUUUAGAGACGAAUUUUAGUAAAGUUUAAGCUUAAAAAAUGUAAAUUGCAAAGAACCAAAAGCUGUAAAUAGGGCAAUGCAACGAGAACGCGACCAACGCGCAAUUCGCAUGUGAGUGGUGAGCGCGGGAAAAACGCGGAUCGCGGCGGCAGCAGCAACAACAACAGACCGACCGACCGACCGACUGUCCGUCGUCGGACGUCGAAUAUAUAUCGUAUCCAAUUGCAAUUGUUGCAAUUCGAUGAACAAUUCAACCGCAUUAACAAUAUUGGCCCGAAGAAUAAGUGAAAGUGAACUGGCAUAACAAUAAUAUGGAACAGGUCGACUCCUCCACCGAGCUGCACCUGAACAGGAAAGACCUGGCCGCGCUGGCCGAUGAUGUUGUGAAAGAAGAGGUGAUAUUAGAAAGCCCGGGCCAUCACCAUCAUCAUCAUCACCAUCAGUUGGACUCCAAGGUUCGCAUGGUCACAUCCUCCUCCAACGACAACAGCGGCAGCGGCGGCGCCAGUGGCGGAACGAGCGGAGCGGGCGGAGGCGGAGUGGUUUCGGUACCCGUAUCCCUGCCCAUCGGAUCGAUGAUAACCGGCACCACCUUCAAUGUGAUCACGCCCGACCAGCUGCCCCACUUCAAGCCGAUGCUGUGCGUCGACAACAAUGGCUACCUGUCCGGCAGCACGGUCAGCAUGGGCAACGACCUCAAGACGAUCGUCAUCCAGCAGCAGCAGACGCAACCGGGCGGCGGUGGUGGCGGCGCCAACAGUGCGGGCACCAACACGACCGCCACCAAUACGAUUGGACUGAACCACGAUGGCUCCGGGAGCAAUAAUAGCCACGACAGCCUGGCCACCUUGGAGCACGCCGCCGGCGGAGCGAGUGGCGUUGGCGGCGGCGGUGGCGGGACGGGCGGUGGCUCCUCGGGCUGGUCGGAGAAUCCGUCCACCCAGCACAUGGAGGUCUUCCAGAUCCGCUGCAAAACCACCUGCGCCGAGCUGUAUCGCAGCAAACUGGGCUCCGGCGGCCGCGGGCGCUGCGUCAAGUACAAGGACAAGUGGCACACCCCCAGUGAAUUUGAGCACGUGUGCGGCCGGGGCUCCAGUAAGGAUUGGAAGCGCUCCAUCAAGUACGGCGGCAAGUCGCUGCAGUCCCUCAUCGACGAGGGCACGCUCACGCCGCACGCGACCAACUGCAGCUGCACGGUCUGCUGCGACGACGAAGCAGGUGAGUCAGCUUCCGGCCCUGUCCGACUCUUCACGCCCUACAAGCGGCGGAAGCGGAAUCAAACUGAUCUCGAUAUGGAGCCAGGACCCAAACGCAAGCGUAAUGCCCAUCAUAGUAACAACAACAACAGUAAUACCAAUAACAACAACACAAGCGGGAGUGGAGCCAACAAUUGUGUAGAUGUGACCGCCGCCGCUGUGGCCGCAGCAACAGCCAGCGUGGUGGACGAGAACAACAUGUUCCUGGCAGACGAGAACAUCACGUCCAAGGACGAGCCGUGGGCAGCACUUAACGACAGCCUGGACACCUCCACCGAGCUGGUCGACCAGUCACAGAUGGGCAACACCUACGAAAGGGAAACGUUUGUGGUAAACAUCAACGAUGGCUCCUCCAUCGCCGUCCUGGACACCAGUCAAUCGAUGAAGAACAUCGAGCAUGUCUACUGCACCAUGGUCAAGGCGACCAGUGACUUUAAGCGCCUGCUCAACGACAUGAAGCAGUCGUACGAGCGUCGCCUCGAGGUUCUGCAGAAGGAGCGCGAUGCGGCGGUCAGUGCAAUGCGUGUCCAGGUUCACGCGGACAUCGACGACCCGAAUAUUUCCGGAUCCCUGCAUGGCAAUGAGAUCAUUUCGGCCAAGAAGUGCGCCAACUGUAACCGCGAAGCAUUAGCCGAGUGCUCACUGUGCCGUAAGACGCCGUACUGUUCAGAGUUCUGCCAGCGAAAGGAUUGGAAUGCUCAUCAGGUGGAGUGCACAAGGAAUCCACAAACGACAACGCAACAGGUCAUGCUGUUGAUCGACGAUCAGUCCUAAGCAACGUAACGAAUUGUACAUACAAAUUUUACUACUAAUUAAUACGAUUAUAGGAAGUUCCCCCUUAAGUCCUUUCUGAACGGUCCAGGCCAUCCACCUGUUGUCCACUCCCAAUCCCAGUCCCACUCCCCUCGAUCCCCAUUAGCAAGCCUACAUCCUCUUAGAAUUAUGUCCUAUAUUAAUGUAAUUCUUAACGUACAUAUAACUAUAUAAAUAUAUAUACAUUUUACUAUUGAACGUAGGGCAAGCCGGCAAAAAAAAAAAACAAAAACAA